GCGCUGCAACAGGCAGCGCGCGGCGGCCAGCGUCAUCGGGCAAGCGGCGCCGGCCAGUGAUUUGCUCGAGGCCAGCGCGGAGCGCAUCCGGGAGUGGAGCAGGAGCGCUUCGGAGGAGGUGCAGGUCCUCCAGCGCAGCAGCCAAGUACCCGUCGCUCUCACGUGGACCGCCGCUGGGCCGGGAUACUUGCUCCGCAGCCUGGCGGGGACGGCGAGCAGGCUCAGCGUGAAGCUGCACUUCACUGACAAGUUCGAGAACCUCGUUGUUUCGCUCGCCAUGCGCUGCCGCGGGCAUAUGGGCCCGAUCAUCCACGAGUUAUAA